UUAUGUGCACAGGUGCUGCUCUGCAGACUGUCAGACACUAUGUGGGCCAGUCAGAUGGAGUGAUAGUCUGAAAACAACCCGGCUGGAUGUGUUUUAACCUUUAACCGCGUUUAACUCAACAGGAAUACGACACAAGAGCCGGCUGCUGUGAAGAUUAUGAGUGAGGUGGUUAUCACGAAGUCUCAGGAGGAAUAUGAGGACGACUUUGAGAAGGAUCUGGACUGGCUGAUCAGCGAGGAAAGCAGGAGUGAGGACCAGGGUCCUGACUAUGAGGACAUAGAGGCAGAAAUAGACAAAGAGCUGGAGGAGGAUGAGAAACAGAGAGGAAAGAAAAGAAAGCCCAAAAGCCACAAGGAGGAGAAGAGAGGCAAGAAAACAGAGGAGAUGGAGGAAGAUGAAGAGAGGUGGCCCUCGCCGAUGGAGCCACUAGAGUAUGAUUCAGACAGUGACAACCCAAAUAAGUCAGCAGCAAUUGUUCCACCUCCUCCAGGGAUGGAUGACCAGACAGAUGAGGAGAAGAAGUACAUCCUGGAGAAGAUCCAGCAGGCCAAUCGGGAGCUGCAGGACCAGGAAGCUCCGGAUAUGACAAGACGCAGGCGGCUGCAUUUUAAAGAGAAGCUGGUGGACCUGGUGGUGCCUCCACUGCAGUUUGAGAAAAAUGGAGACAAUGGUGAGGUGGAAGGGGGGCAGGCCAGCAAGGAUAAAUCCAAGGAUUCAGAGGCAGAGAUUGAAGUGUCGGGGAAGCUUUCUGAGCUGAAGCUUUCCCCUCGAGAGGAGAGCGUAGGAUCUAGAGGAUCUGGCAGGGCUGUGGAGAGCAGUGAGGGAGGCGUAAAGGAGGGCAGAGUCCUUGUAGAGAAGGAUGGUAAGUUUGACCUGGUCAGCCUGAAAGAGGUGGAGAGUCAAGGACUUCUCCCUCCAAUAGCAAACAGUGACUACUCCUCCCCACGUCACCAGGAGCAGGCUGUGAGCUCCGGUAAGACCCACAGGUCCUCCUCCUCUCCUCGUCCUCGUGCCGGCUCGUCCCCCUUCCAACAAAGCAUUGAUCACCUCCGCGCCCCCAGACCUCCAGCUCAGCCCAGGAACAGACCCAGCUCAGCCAGCCACAGCCAGAGAGGCAGCCAGAGGAGAGGCAGCAAGCGGCGGGUGCAGUCGGCCACGGGGACACCCUGCCAGGCCACCUACACCCUCUCCCCUCAGCAGAAGGAGCUGCUGCAGAGGAUCCAGGAGAGGAAGGAGAAGCUGGCCAGAGAGGAGGAGCAGAGGAAACUGGAGGAAGAGGAGCAGAAGCGGCAGGAGAACGAGCUGGCGUUCAAGGCCUGGCUGAUGAGGAAGAGGGAGCAGUUUCAGGAGGAGAGAAGGAUCCAGCGAGCGCAGGAGAUGGAGAGGAUGAAUACUAAGAAAGACUCCAGCGACCCAGAGGAGUCCUUCAGGCUGUGGCUUCAGAGGAAGCAGGAGCAGCAGCAGAAAGAGAGGCAGCUGGUGGAGCUGAAGAGGCUGGAGGAGGACAGUGGUUACCUCCUGCACAGCCGCGAGGAGUGUGAACGUGCCUUCAAGCUGUGGCUGAAGCGGAAACGUGCAGAGAAGCGGGCAGAGCAGCAGGCCGCUCGAGAGCGCUCCCGCAGGUUGGUGCUGGAGGAGCGGCGCGCACGACGCAUGAGGGACCUGCUGUGUACUGUCCAUGAAACCAAACCGUUCAGAUUCACCGAACAGCUGGCCUAUCGCUUCUGAACCAAACAAAUCCAACAUGUCCGCUGGAUUCACACAGCAUGACCUCAUGAAAACGCACAAAGCAGACAACACAAGACUUGACGUGAAACAUAAGACAUAGUUGAUUCUGUGUUCAGGUGUUGCUAGAGUUUUGUUUCAUCAUUUCUGUUCCUGUGCUGUGUUAAAGCACAUUUUGAAAAGUGACCUCUACUCAGUGUGAUAAAGUAUAUUGAGUGAAUGAUUUUUUUACUUGUACUUAGUGUAGUGGCAGACGCACUUUAUUUUAAAUUGAAAUGACGCUCUUCAUGAAGAAGGGAGCUGAACCAUUUACCAUUUGUUAGCCUGCUGUAUGCCUUUUGUCAGAGGGUGUUUGGUUACAUGCAGAUGUAUGAGAACACCUUAAAGUUUACAACAGGUUGAAACUGUAAAGGAAAAAUCUGUAAGAGGAGAUUUCUUCAAUUAAAAGGCGUUCUUAUUUCAUACAAAAGAAUGAAUAUUCAAUUUCCUGACCACACAGAAGAAAUAAAACAUUAAAUACA